UUCACUUUCGUGGUUUCGACACCUAGAAGGCUGUGCUGCCCCCAGGGCACACCCCUGCAGCCCGGUGGGCCCCGGGGAAGGUGCCCCCUCUGCAGCGCCCCCCACAGGGGGUGGGAGGGCUCCAGCGGCCUCUGAGACGAUCCCCACUCGCUGGAGGCAGCCCUCGGCCUGGGGCCUGGGGCAAGCGGGCUGUGGUGAGGCCAGAGAGGGGGACAGCGGGAGCAAAGGACCAUGGGCUCCAUGUUCCGCGGCGAGGAGGUGGCGCUGGUCCAGCUCUUCCUGCCCACGGCAGCCGCCUACAGCUGCGUGAGCCAGCUUGGGGAGCUGGGUCUCGUGGAGUUCAGAGACCUCAACGCCUCAGUGAGCGCCUUCCAGAGACGCUUUGUGGCAGAUGUCCGGCGCUGCGAGGAGCUGGAGAAGACCUUCACCUUCCUGCAGGAGGAGGUGCGGCGAGCUGGGCUGGCACUACCCGCGCCCGAGGGGAGGCUGCCGGCGCCCCCGCCGCGAGACCUGCUGCGCAUCCAGGAGGAGACGGACCACCUCUCGCAGGAACUGCGGGACGUGCGGGGCAACCAGCAGGCCCUGCAGAUCCAGCUGCACCAGCUGCGGCUCCACUCGGCCGUACUGGGCCAGGGCCACGCGCCCCGGCUGGCAGCCGCCCAAAUGGAUGGGCCCUCGGAAAGGACACCGCUACUCCUGUCCCUCGGGGGGCCGCACAAGGACCUGCAGGUCAACUUCGUGGCAGGUGCUGUGGAGCCGCACAAGGCCGCCGCCUUGGAGCGCCUGCUCUGGAGGGCCUGCCGCGGCUUCCUCAUCGCCAGCUUCAGGGAGACGGAGCAGCAGCUGGAGGACCCCGUGACGGGUGAGCCCGCGACAUGGAUGACCUUUGUAAUCUCCUAUUGGGGCGAGCAGAUUGGACAGAAGAUCCGCAAGAUCACCGACUGCUUCCACUGCCACGUCUUCCCGUUCCUGGAGCAGGAGGAGGCCCGCCGCGCGGCCCUGCAGCAGCUGCAGCAGCAGAGCCAGGAGCUGCAGGAGGUGCUGGGCGAGACCGAGCGCUUCCUGAGCCAGGUGCUGGGCCGGGUGCAGCAGCUGCUGCCGCCCAGGCAGGUGCAGGUCCGCAAGAUGAAGGCUGUGUACCUGGCCCUCAACCAGUGCAGCGUGAGCACCACACACAAGUGCCUCAUCGCCGAGGGCUGGUGCGCCACGCGGGACCUGCCGGUGCUGCAGGAGGCGCUGCGGGACAGCUCGAGCGAGGCGGGAGUGAGCGCAGUGGCUCACCGCAUCCCCAGCCAGGACAUGCCCCCGACGCUCAUCCGCACCAACCGCUUCACGGCCAGCUUCCAGGGCAUCGUGGACGCCUACGGCGUGGGCCGCUACCAGGAGGUCAACCCAGCCCCCUACACCAUCGUCACCUUCCCCUUCCUCUUCGCCGUGAUGUUUGGCGACGUGGGCCACGGGCUGCUCAUGUUCCUCUUCGCCCUGGCCAUGGUGCUCGCUGAGGACCGGCCGGCCGUGAAGACAGCGCAGAACGAGAUCUGGCGGACCUUCUUUGGGGGCCGCUAUCUGCUCCUGCUUAUGGGCCUGUUCUCCAUCUACACCGGCUUCAUCUACAACGAGUGCUUCAGCCGAGCAACCACCAUCUUCCCCUCGGGCUGGAGCGUGGCCGCCAUGGCCAACCAGUCUGGCUGGAGCGACGCGUUCCUGGCCCAGCACGCAGUGCUCACCCUGGACCCCAGCGUCAACGGCGUCUUCCUGGGACCCUACCCCUUCGGCAUUGACCCCGUCUGGAGCUUGGCUGGCAACCACCUGAGCUUCCUCAACUCCUUCAAGAUGAAGAUGUCCGUCAUCCUGGGGGUCACGCACAUGGCCUUUGGGGUGGUCCUUGGAGUCUUCAACCACCUGCACUUUGGCCAGAGGCACCGGCUGCUGCUGGAGACCCUGCCGGAGCUCACCUUUCUGCUGGGGCUCUUUGGCUACCUCGUCUUCCUGGUCGUCUACAAGUGGCUGAGUGCGUCAGCCACCAGCGCUGCCUCGGCCCCCAGCAUCCUCAUCCACUUCAUCAACAUGUUCCUCUUCUCCCGCAGCCCCAGCAACCAGCCGCUCUUCCCCGGCCAGGAAGUGGUGCAGUCCACACUGGUGGUCCUGGCUGUGGCCACGGUGCCCGUGCUGCUGCUCGGUACACCCUUGUACCUGCUGUGCAGGCAGCGCCGCCACUCACGGAGGGACCCCGCGGGCAGGCAGGAGGAAGACAAGGCCGGGCUGCUGGACUCGCCCGAGGUGUCCGAGAACGGCUGGGGCUCUGAUGAGGAGAAGGCAGGGUGCCCGGAGGACGAAAAGGAGGCCAAGCUCGUCCCCUCCGAGGUGUUCAUGCACCAGGCCAUCCACACCAUUGAGUUCUGCCUGGGCUGCAUCUCCAACACGGCCUCCUACCUGCGCCUCUGGGCCCUGAGCCUGGCCCACGCCCAGCUGUCGGAGGUCCUGUGGGCCAUGGUGAUGCGCCUGGGCCUGGGCAUGGGCCGGGAGGUGGGCGUGGCGGCCGUGGCGCUGGUCCCCAUCUUUGCCGCCUUCGCCGUGCUGACUGUGGCCAUCCUGCUGGUGAUGGAGGGGCUCUCGGCCUUCCUGCACGCCCUGCGGCUGCACUGGGUGGAGUUCCAGAACAAAUUCUACUCCGGUACUGGCUACAAGCUGAGCCCCUUCACUUUCGCCUUGGAGGAUGAAUAGCGCCCACCUGGGGGUCACACCCAGCUCCCUGUCCCGACCGCUCUGAGCAGAAAAGAAUAAAGAGGUGGCAGGCCUGGGA